GCCCACCCGGUGACGCAGCCGAAGGCCUGGCGUUUUGUUUGCGUAGAAGGAGAGAGAGGAAAAAAACCCUUGUGAUAGCGGCGGCGGCCGAGGAGAGCGGCGUGAGAGAGAAGUACCGGCUACGUAUUGCGUCACCGACCACCGCGGCCUAACUUUCACCUCAUAGCACUUAGUGACCUACUCCCGGGCCGAGAAGGAGGGAUACCGCCGGCUUUGUCGGGCUUUUGUUACCGGAGUGGGAUUACAACCUCCAGCAGGAGCAGGCCUCAGUGUCUGGGCGACCAGCACCGACACCGCGCUUGACGGAACUUCGGACACCUCCUUGCCCCGGCUGGCAUGGAGGGAACAGUGGUCACCGACAAGAAAAGGAUCAGUUCGGAGCGACGGAAGGAGAAAUCUCGGGAUGCUGCAAGGUGUCGAAGAAGUAAAGAAUCGGAGGUGUUUUAUGAACUGUCCCACCAGCUGCCUCUGCCUCACAAUGUCAGCUCUCAUCUUGAUAAAGCCUCCAUAAUGAGACUCACCAUCAGCUACCUGCGUAUAAGACGGCUCCUCGAUGCAGGUGAUAUGGAUGGAGAGUCUGAAAUGGAGAAACAGCUGAAUUGUUUUUAUUUGAAAGCCUUGGAGGGAUUUGUUUUGGUCCUGACUGAGGAAGGGGAUAUGAUCUACCUGUCUGAAAACGUCAACAAGUGCAUGGGACUCACUCAGUUUGAGCUGACUGGGCACAGUGUGUUUGACUUCACUCAUCCCUGUGAUCACGAAGAGUUGCGGGAGAUGCUGACAUUUAGAAAUGGACCAUCAAAGAAGGGUAAAGAGCAAAUCACAGAGCGCAGCUUCUUCCUGCGUAUGAAGUGCACCCUGACAAGCCGGGGGAGAACCGUGAAUAUAAAGUCUGCCACGUGGAAGGUUCUUCACUGCACGGGGCACAUGCGUGUGUAUGACGGCUGCAACAGUCAGAACCAUUGUGGAUACAAAAAGCCACCCAUGACCUGCAUGGUGCUGAUCUGCGAACCCAUCCCUCACCCAUCAAAUAUUGAAUUUCCAUUGGACAGUAAAACCUUCCUGAGCCGCCACAGCCUUGACAUGAAGUUUUCCUACUGUGAUGAAAGAGUUACAGAGCUAGCGGGAUAUGAGCCAGAUGAACUCCUGGGACAGUCAGUGUAUGACUAUUAUCACGCCCUGGACUCUGACCAUCUGACCAAAGCACACCAUGACAUGUUCACAAAAGGGCAGGUGACAACAGGACAGUACAGAAUGCUGGCAAAGAAAGGUGGCUACGUGUGGGUGGAGACGCAAGCCACAGUUAUAUACAACACAAAGAACUCUCAGCCCCAGUGUAUCGUGUGUGUGAACUAUGUCCUCAGUGACAUUGUGGAGAAAGAGCUGAUCUUGUCCCUUGGCCAGACAGAGUCCACUCUGGUGUCUUCAGAACCUGCUGAAUCAAAGAUGCCUCAGUUCUUCACCAAACUGGCUGACGAGGAGGACGACGACGCCAACGUUUUGUAUGAGCAACUUAAAAAGAAGGCGCCUGAGUUCCUUAAUGUUCUUGCACCUGAUGCUGGAGAUGAGAUCAUACCCUUGGACUUCAGCUCUAGUGAUUCAGAGUCGCAGUAUGACGAUGCCCCAUUGUAUAAUGACGUCAUGCUACACUCAACCAGUAAGCCUCCUGAAAACAUCCUGGUGUCUCCACUUCCAGUGCCAGAGAAGCCAAAGUCUGUGCCUCUGCGUAGCAAUGCCGACCCUGCACUGAACAAGGAGGUAGUGAUCAAGAUGGAGUGUAGCUCAGAACAGCUGGGGCUGGCUUUUACCAUUCCACAGCUCUCCAAGCCAUCUAGUCCAUCAGAAAUCAGCAGCAACCAGAGCUCAACAGAGCCUGGCACUCCUGCAGAAUAUUGUUUUGAUGAGGAUAUAAACGUUGCCCCGGAAUUUAAGAUGGACUUGGUAGAGAAACUUUUUGCCAUGGACACAGAAGCAAAGGCUCCAUUCUCUACACAGGAAACAGACUUGGACCUGGAGAUGUUGGCUCCAUAUAUCCCAAUGGAUGAUGACUUCCAGCUAAGAAGCUUUGAUCAGCUUUCCUCAAUGGAGACUGAUUCCGCUCCUAUUCAGUCCCUGGGAAGCAUGACCAAUCUGUUCCCUGCCUCUACAGCUUCAUCUUCCACCGAUCUGAAACCAAUCACCACAGAAGCCAUGAGCGAUCCUAAAACCAUCAUUGUGCACCCACCGACACCAACCAAUAAAGAGGUGCUGAGUGCCCCCGCUUCCCCAUAUAAUGGAAACCGAAGUCGCACAAGUUCUCCUGUGAGAACAGACAAAGCAGCUGUAAAGGAGAGAUCCCGCCCUGGAACUCCUACUAUAACAAGUCCACUAAAUAAAAGACCUGCGGUCCUGGAUGAUGAAUUGAGCCCAAAGAUGAUCGCUUUACAUAAUGUCCAGAGAAAACGCAAAAUUGAAAGUGAUGGCCCUUUGUUUCAAGCAGUGGGACUAGGAACGAUAUUUCAAACGAAUGUUGAUCCAGGCUCAAACUCUCCUCUCUUAUGGAAAUGUGUCAAAGUAUCGGACUCAGAUAAGCCAACUGGACCUGAACAAAGAACAAUCCUCUUAUUGUCUACAGACAUGGCCAGUCGAUUGCUCGGACAGUCGUUAGAUGGCACUGGGCUUCCACAGCUAACCGGUUAUGACUGCGAAGUGAACGCCCCCAUACAAGGAAACCGAAAUCUACUACAGGGCGAGGAUCUAUUAAAAGCCCUUGAUCAAGCUAACUGAUUUGCUCUCUCUGUUCAACUUCUGGACACUUCUCCACCCCAAAGCAGUGUAUUUAUAUUUUCUAGCUCUGAUAAUUUAGAAGCCUGUCUCCAUGACCGCACUACUUCAGUUAGUUCCAUUUCCAUCCCAUCUCUGCUUUCCCUGGCCGUCUUCUCCACGUUUUUACAGUAAUAAUCUUUCAAUGCCAUCUAUAAAACUACAUGCACUGCAUACCAAUAUAAAUAAAUAUAUAUAUUAUAUAAACGCAGA